AUGUCCAGCACCGGAAAUUUGCAGACGGAAAUCCUCAAGCACAACGCGUUGAACCACGCGGAAUCGCAGCCCGUCUACGUCACCAAAGUCGAGGUCAAUGGUGGUAGUAACUUCUCCAGACAGUUUUUCCAGAAACUCCUAGCUCCGGUGGUGGAGCACUCAGACUACACGUUGGCCCAGUUGCUAGCGCACGUGAACGAGUGUCGUGCCAAUUUGGACAAGACCCAUGCGUUUCUGAAGGUUGUGCCUUCGUUGCACAUAGACUACACUCAUCCAACGCCUACUGCCAAAUCCUACAACUUGGACCGGUCGCUUUUGACAAAAGUGGUGUUUGAUCUCGAUGCCGACGAGCAGAAGGUGGGCGAGGUGUCGUUGGGCUUCAACACCGAGGAGAACUUGGCAGUCAAUUUGGGCUACACAAAUAACAACUUCAACCGCAACGCGGAGCUGGUGCAGAUCGGCGUCAACUAUAGACCUUACAAGCCGUCCGAGCAUCUCAUACUGAAGAUUCGCAUGGAGUCGGGCUUGAGAGACCCUUCGUUUGCCUUUGUGACCGAGCUCUAUAACACCCACGAGAACAACCAGGUCUGGCACCAUAACUCUGCCAAAUCGUUGGGCGGGCUUAUUGGUAUCAACUACACAAGCACCAAGAAUGCGUUUUCUGUGUUCAAUGGCUAUGCAUUGAGUCGCCGUUGUUUGUAUGACUUUGAUCAGCUGGAGGUGUCUGCUGCUGUCAAGCGUUUUGGCGGUGACUACUUAAAAUCCUCCAUUGUAAGUAGAUUGUCCUUUUCCAACGUAGACUCGCUGAAGUCCGCUCUUCCAUCCAGCGGUUCGAGUAUCGAGGUGUCCAACGAGAUCGUCUCGGAACAAAACCAACUGAAGUUGGAAGAGUUGCCUGCGAUCUGGAUCAAGACCUCUGCUGCUUGCAAUGUCUUCAAAUCUUUCUACAACGGCACUUACACCUCUCAUUUCUUCGGUGAAGCCGGUAACAUUAGCAGCGCCGACAAGAGCCGUGUCCAUGUAUCUGAUCUCUUCUACUUGGGAGGCUUUGGCUCCUUCCCGGGCUUUUCUCGUAACAGCGUGCAAGUCAACGGAGGCACCCAAUUCUACAAGGUCGGUGCUACUUUGUACAGCCGACUUCCAUUUGCAAAGAGACUUGACAACGACAUCAACCCCUUGAGAUGUUUUGUCACCGGAAUGGUAGGAAACGUGUCCGACAACAUCACAAAGGACAGCGGUGUUAUCAGCACUGGUGUGGGUCUCCGUUACUUCAACAAGUGGGUCAAGCUAGACGCUGGGUACUACUUGGCGCUGAGACUCAACUCAGAGCACGACAUUGGCGUGAGAGACGGAUUCCAAUUCGAGAUCUCAAUUGGUGGUGCCAACCAAAAAGAGUAA